AUGGCAAUAACGGGGAGUAGAGAAAAGGUGAUUGGAGAAAAUGAGGAAAGGAUUAGCGUAUCUGUUAGGUUAAGGCCGUUGAAUGAUGAUGAGGUCUUGAGCAAUGAAGUCUGCGAUUGGGAAUGCAUAAACGACGAUACGAUUGUUUUCAAGAAUCUUGAUUCUGGGAGGUCAAUGCAUCAUCAUCCUAUGGCUUAUACAUUUGAUAGUGUGUUCGGUACUGAUUGCUCCACGAGAGAGGUGUAUGAGCAUGGAGCCAAGGAUGUCGCAAUUUCAGUCGUUCGAGGAAUAAACUCAACUGUUUUUGCAUACGGGCAAAAAAGCAGCGGUAAGACGUAUACAAUGACUGGGAUAACCGAAUACGCGAUAGCAGAUAUAUAUGAGUAUAUAAAAAAGCAUUCGAACAGAGAUUUUAUUCUGAAGUUCUCUGCUAUAGAGAUUUACAAUGAGUCCGUUCGGGACCUUCUUGGUUCAGAUAGUACUCCACUAAGACUUCUAGACGAUCUAGAGGGAGGAACCAUAGUCGAAAACCUCACGGAGGAAAUCUUGAGGGAUCGAAAUCAUGCAAAUGAACUUCUUUGUAUCUGUAGAGCUCAAAGAAAUAUCCGAGACACAUCGCUUAAUGAAAUCAGCUCCGGAACUCACCACAUUAUUAGAGUGACAGUCGAAAGCUCUUCUCGUGAGUUCUUAGGCAGUAACAAUACGACCACUCUAGCAGCUACUGUGAACUUUGUUGAUCUGGCUGCAAGUGAAUAUGCAUCACAACUAUUAUCAUCAGCACGCAUGGGAUCAAAGGAGGUCUGCCACAUAAAUCGAAGUUUGAUUACACUGGGAACUGUAAUUCACAAGCUCAGCAAGGACCCGAAUGGGCACAUUCCCUACGGAGACUCUAAGCUAACCCAAAUUCUGAAAACAUCACUCGGAGGAAAUUCCAGAACAGCCAUCAUCUGCACGAUAAGCCCGACCCGAAGCCAAGUGGACCAGUCGAGGAAGGCUCUUGUCUUUGCUAGCCACGCAAAGGAAGUGGCUACCAAAUCCCAAGUCAACGUUGUGAUGUCCGAUAAGACGUUAGUGAGUCAUCUGCAGAAGGAGCUGGCAAGACUCGAGAGGGAGCUUAAAAAUAGCCGAAAUGAUGUUGGACUGUCUCAUUAUUAUGCAAUGUUGAGAGAGAAAGAUUCCCAGAUUGAAAAGCUUGAAAAGGAGAUUAGGGAUCUAAUCCUGCAAAGAGAUAUUGCCCAAUCACAAGUCAAAGAAUUCAUACAAAUCCUAGGCGACGAUGCAAGUUCCAUGACACAGGUCGGGUCGGGUCACUACCCUCACCUUCGAGUGCAAAAGUCCGAUUCAGAUGUUGACAAACAAGAAAGCUCCCCAUUGGCAGAUCCCACAUUGGACGUCGAUAACCCGACAUUCUCUAACCGGCACAGCACAAGCAGCCCGGAAGAUCACGUUAAGGUCCCAUUUUUCGAGGACAGCUUUGACCAUGGCUACACGUCCCCUAGGAUCCUACUCAGCAGCUCAAAUUCUUCUGUGAGCGAAUCGUACCACAUUUGGCCUGAAACUGAAGAACGGGCUAGCCGGGCCUCCCCCCCAUCUGUUAGAAUAGAAGAACGUAUUCAGACGGACGAAUAUGAAGUGAAGGAGGACCCACCAUCAAACGAGGGCCGAGCCCCGGAUUCGCCGGCACUUGACAAAAAUUGCGAUUUUAGCACUAUUCAGUAUCUAAAUAAGGAUUCGUGUGGCGGGAGGAGCUUGAAUCUGGCGAGAAGCAAUAGCUGCCGAGCUAGUGUUAGGAGUGACUCAUCUUCACUAUGGUUCAAAUCAGAAGAGUAUGGUGGAGAUACUACGCCAGCCGUUGGAUUGGACACUAAAAUGGUCAGCUCGGAUGCAAAGUUUCCGGCUGGUGAGGGUGGGAGCCGAGCUAACCAUGAGUUGAGUGAGAAAGCCGAGCUACUAUCUAGAGAAGAAAUUAACAAUGGACCAGAGACAGAGGUUGUUACACAAAAAGGAAAAACAACAGAAGAUGAAUGCAGAGGUCUCACAAGUUGGCCGGUAGAGUUCAGAAGGCUGCAAAGAGAGAUAAUCGAGCUUUGGAACGCUUGCAACAUCUCACUCUUGCAUCGGACUUACUUCUUCUUGCUUUUCCAAGGCGAUCCUUCGGAUGCUAUAUAUUUGGAGGUCGAGAUGAGGAGAAUGAAAUUAUUGCGGGAUAAAUUUUCACGUGGGGACAAGGCCGUUGUGGAUGGACGAACUCUAACACUUUCUUCAAGUGCCAAGGCUCUACGCCAAGAGAGAAGAACGCUGAGCGAGCAGAUGUCGAAGAAGUUUUCCGAGCAAGAGAGAGAAAAUCUCUUCACCGAGUGGGGCAUUGGUCUCAACACUAAACUCAGAAGGCUACAGCUGGCACGCCUCGUAUGGAGCAAGACAGAAGACAUAAACCAUGUUACAGAAAGCGCGUUUCUUGUUGCAAAGCUGGUGGGUCUGAUCGAGCCCGGACAAGCUCCCAAUAGGGAGAUGUUCGGUCUCAACUUUACGCACAAGUGCUCGACCGGAAUCAGUACUUUCAAACGUAGCCUUGUAUCCCUCCUUUGA